GUACAGAAAUCGAAUCGAUGCUCCAUACGACUCCAAAAAUCAACCACAAAUGUGGAAGAAGAUUCUCUUAAAAGAGUAAUUUGAUACCAUAUGCCACAGCUUGAACAAAUCCCCUUAUUCUACUUUCACCAAUACCAACACCUCACCUUCGUUAUCUCUUUCGUCAAUGGCGACCGUAAUCGGCAACCUCAAUCCCACCGCCGGUGGAUCACCUAUCUUCAUUGACGCAUCUAAGAUCCAAUCAGUUCUUCCUUACAGAUCCCUAAUUAACCACCUCCAAACAUCUCUCGCCUCCGCUACCUCCGUCAUCCAAUCACCGAUCCGCCAUUCCCACCAGACAUCAUCGUCAUCCACCCUCCUUCUCAUGCCCUCAUGGUCUCUUUCUUCAACUACCCUCCCUUACAUCGGCAUCAAACUCGUCACCACUCACCCCAACAACUCCGCCCUAAACCUACCUGGAGUCCAUGCCGGUUACGUGCUCUUCAACUCCAUCACCGGCCAGAUCCUAGCAUCCAUGGACGGAACCGAGCUCACCCUCCGCCGUACCGCCUGUGUCUCCGCUGUCGCCUCGAACCAUCUCUCCAAGAAAAACUCUCAGAUCCUUCUAAUGGUUGGCGCCGGAUCGUUAGCUCCACACUUGAUCAAAGCUCACUUAACAACACGACCUAGCAUUAAUCAUGUUAUGAUUUGGAACCGAACUUCGAGAAAAUCGAGAAAUCUAGUUGAAGAAAUCGGAAAGGAAAGUGGAAUGGAAGGGUUGCGGUUUGAAGUUUGUGAAGAUAUAGAGUCGGGAGUGGCGGUGGCGGAUAUAGUGAGCUGUGCGACGAAUUCCGAGACGCCGUUGGUUUUGGGGAAGUGGUUGAAGGCGGGAGCUCAUUUGGAUUUGAUUGGAUCGUAUAAGCCGUCGAUGAGGGAAUGUGAUGAUGAAGCUGUGAAGAGAGGGAGGGUUUUCGUGGACAACGCGGCGGCGUUGGUGGAGGCCGGAGAACUGGUGGGGGCGUUUGAGAGAGGCGUGAUGAAGAAGGAAGACGUGGAAGGGGAUCUGGUGGAGUUGAUCAAGGGAGAUAAGAUUGGGCGGAAAGGGGAGGAGGAGAUCACGGUGUUUGUAUCAGUUGGGUCAGCAGUAGUAGAUCUUUUAAGUGCUCAAUUGGCCUACGAAACCCUAGAAUCAAACCAUAAACAAUAGCUGCGAAAUCUAAUAGAGCAAACACUUUUUAGCUAUUUUCUAACUCAAAUUCACUUUUUAAGGUUUUUCUAUCUUUAUGCAUAAACAAAUGAAACCACCUAUCGGCUUUGGUUAUUUCGGUAGAUUUCCCACAAUAGUUAUUUAGCAAAUAACAUGUAAAAGUUGGUAGGUGGAUAUUUAGCAACCUAUAUUCGUCCAUUUAGCCUAUCCCUAAAUAUUACAACAAUAAACAUCUCGUGUUUUGUAGUUCCACAAGAGUGAAAUGCAUCAUCUAUUUUCGGAUGCUGUUAUAUGUAUGUUAUGUAAAAGACGUGAUUAAUAAUAGAAGUGUAAGAUUCACAAAGCAUAUA